UUUUAAAUCCCUCAUGGACGACCUCCUUUGAACAGGGCGUGUGUUCUUUUGUUUCUUUUUCUGGGCACAUUCUCGUUUUCAAGUUCUUGCCUUCUUCUUUCUGGGCCUGCUCUGCAUUUCCACAUUAUUACAUUAUGAAGCUUUCUGGGUUUUGGGUUUUCUUUUUGGUCCUCCAAACAACUUUAUUGCUGUCUUGCUUUCCCAGCCAUUUAAAUGCCUCCUCCAGCUCCGAUAUGGCUUUGAGCCACCACCAUGUCAAUCCAAACGAAUGCUUGUAUGACAUACCCUUUAACAGGAAGCUGAAGUUCCAGACUUAUAAACAUAACAGCCUGGGGAAAAAGAAGGUUAACCCAGGUGAUCUUAAACUUGAUGACUACCCUACCAUUGACCCAGUUCCAAGCUCAAAGACAUCAGUCAAACCCGGGCCAAUAGAGCAUGGGGCUCCUCUCCUUCCUCAUAUGCCAAUUCCUCCUCCUCCUCCUGACCAGCCCGGCGAUUAUGCUUAGAGAGUAGACUGUUGUCUCCUCUGCUAGUUUGUCUUGAAUAAUCUAAGUUUGUUUCUCAUGAAACCAAACCAACUAUGUUAUCCUGUCUGUUUUAUAUUGUGCAAAAGGUUGUCUUGAGUGAUGUCCUGUUAUGUAUCCUUUAAAUGAUAUCUGUUUUGGUAUCUACUGAAACAAGACAGUGUGGUAGAAUGAUAUACCAAGAGAACCAAUGCAUUUGAUGA